CCGGGGCGGCGGGUUCGGCUGCGCGGCGGGGCUGAGGCGGCCGCGGGGCCCGAUUGCAGGGGGCGAAGCUUGGACUCCGAGCCUCUCGGCGCUGGGGACAGCAGGCCUUGGGCACAGGGCGUACAGCCGUGCUUCCUGGGAAAACUAUAAAAGGUCUCUGGACGACGGCCCCGAGCUGAUGGCAGACAAUGUCAGCCACUAACAACAUAGCCCAGGCCCGGAAGCUGGUGGAGCAGCUCCGCAUCGAAGCCGGCAUCGAGCGCAUCAAGGUCUCCAAAGCCUCGUCGGAACUCAUGAGUUACUGCGAACAGCACGCCCGGAACGACCCUCUGCUGGUCGGGGUCCCUGCCUCCGAGAACCCCUUUAAGGACAAGAAGCCUUGUAUUAUUCUAUAGCUGUGUUCUCCCUGCGCUCGGCUCCUCCCACCUCCCUCUCUCUCCGUCUGUCUGUCUGUCUGUCUCUCUCCCCGGCAUCAUUCAGUGCCCAGCUCGAGCAAAACAUCUCGAGUCCCCAAAACUUUUAAUUCCAAAAGCAAAGCAAAAAAAAAAAAAAAAA